GCACGAUGGCGCAUCCUUUAAUUCUAGCAGUGGGGAGGCAGAGUCAGGUGAUCUCUAUGAGUUUGAGGCCAGCCUGGUCUGCAAAGCAAGCUCCGGAACAGCCAAGUCUACAUAAAAAGACCCUAUCUCAACAAACAAACAAAAAAGAAAGGUAAAGAUAUUUUCUUUUGAGAGGUGGCCAGGCAGCUAGGACCAAGCAGGGCUUUCUUUGCCAGUGGAUAGAGUGUACAGCCAGUCUUUUGUCUUCUGCUCAACAUGGCAUCUUCUGAUAGUCAGGUGAAAGAGCUGGAGAAGCGUGCUUCCGGACAGGCUUUUGAGCUGAUUCUCAGCCCUUGGUCAAAAGAAUCUGUCCCCGAGUCCCGCACUCCCCCCCGCCCCCCAAAGAAGAAGGAUCUUUCCCUGGAGGCAAUUCAGAAGAAAUUAGAAGCUGCAGAAAAAAGACGCAAGUCUCAUGAAGCAGAAGUCUUGAAGCAGCUUGCUGAGAAGCGGGAGCAUGAAAAAGAAGUGCUCCAGAAAGCCAUUGAGGAUAACAACAACUUCAGCAAAAUGGCAGAGGAGAAACUGACCCACAAAAUGGAGGCUAACAAAGAGAACCGGGAGGCGCAAAUGGCUGCCAAGCUGGAGUGUAUACAAGAGAAGGACAAGCACGUUGAAGAGGUGCGGAAGAACAAAGAAUCCAAAGACCCUGCGGACGAGACCGAGGCUGACUAAGUUGCUCGGAGAACUGACUUUCUCCCCGACCCCUUCCUCAAUAUCCAAAGACUGUACUUUUUCCCUCCUGACAAAUAUUCUAGAAGCUGAUGUAGGACCGUAUAGGUAGAUCCAGACCGUGAGAUGUUUUAGGGGCUCAAGGGGAGAAGCUGAAAGUGUUUUGCUCUUUUUUAAAGUGUUGGUCUUCCUAGCGUAGCUAUUUUUUCUCGUUGCAUCUUUUCCACUUGGGCACACUCGGUGUGCUGGGUUAAGGGCUAGAGCUGUAUUGGCUGUGGAAGCUAAAUCCCCAACCCCUCUUUUUUUUUUUUUUUUUUUUUUUUUUAAGAAAAACAAUUUUUAAGACUGAUUUAUUUAUCAUAUGUAUAUGAGUACACUGUAGCUGUCUUUAGACACACCAGAAAAGGUCAUCAGAUUGCAUUACAGUGAGCUACCGGGCAGUUCUUGGGAGUUGAACUCAAGACCUCAGGAAGUACAAUCAGCACUCUUAACCCCUGAGCCAUCUCUCCAGCCAUGUUUGUUUGUUUUUCAAGAUAGAAUUUCUCUGCGUAGCCCUGGUUGCCCUGGAACUCACUCUGUUGACUAGUAUGGCCUCAAACCCAGAGAUCCAUUUGCCUGUCUCCUGAGUGCUGGGACCAAAGGUGUGUGCUACUGUCAUCUGGAAACUUCUAAAAGAAUUUAUAUGGAAUAGCAUUGCUAAUAAAAAAAAAGGGGGGGGGGUUGGGGAUUUAGCUCAGUAGUAGAGCGCUUGCCUAGCAAGUGCAAGGCCCUGGGUUUGGUCCCCAGCUCUGAAAAAAAAAGAAAAAAAAAAAGGAGCCAGCUACUGACACAUGCUGUUACACUAUGGGUAUGGAUGAAAAACAUUAUGCCAAGUAAAAAAGCCAGACACAAAAGAUUCAACACAUUAUACAACCCUGUAGGAACAGAAUGUCCAGAAAGGGCAAACUUUUAGAGGCAGAAAACAGAUCAGGAGUUGUCUAGGACUGGGAGUAGGAGUGGCUAUUCUUUACAAACACACCCAAGGAGACUUUCUGGGGUCAUAAAAUGCUCUAAAACUAAAAUGUAGUAAUGGUGAACACAGAAGUACACAUUUGCAAUGGCUGGGUUUUAUAAUGUAUAAAUUAAAUGUAACCUGCCUCCAUCGAUGGAUGUAGACACAUUUGGGCACACUAUGGAUAGCCUAGGCUAUGCUAUGGCUAGCCUGCAGUCCAUGCUCAUCUUUUCAUUUUGGUUUUCUUGAGACAGUCUCUUUAUGUAGAUCAGGCUGAUGUCCUGGCAUUCACAGAGUCUGCCUGCCUCUGCCAGCUGAGUGCUGGGAUUAAAGGUGUGCAGUCCCGCCCAGCACAGUGAUGCUUCUAAGCCGUGUAGGAAGCUCUUCAGUGAGCUGCAGUGUGUGUGUGUGUGUGUGUGUGUGUGUGUGUGUGUGUGUGUGUACAUGUAUGCAGGUGCCAGCAGAGGCUAGAAGGCAUCACAUCCACUCCCCUAAAGCUGGAACUACAGGAGGUUGAGAACUACUCACCUAAUGUGGGUGCUAGGAACCCAACCCAGGUCCUCUGGAAGAGUAGCAAAUGCUCCUAACUGCUGAGCUAUCUCUCUCUGGUGCCAGCAUUUCUCUUUUUUUUUUUAUUUUUAUUUUUUUUUAUUUUUUUGGAGCUGGGGACCGAACCCAGGGCCUUGCACUUGCUGCAUUUCUCAUUUUUGAAAAUAGCUUCUUAAGAAAGCUAAUUUUUUUGUGUACAUGUUUUACUGUGCAUAAGUGUUUAUAAUGCAGUUAUGUACACCGUGCACCACGUGAGUGUCUGGUGCCUUUGGAGACCAGAAACAGCUGUUGGAUCUGUUCACAGUAGAGUUACAGACAGUUGUGACCCACCGUGUGGGAGCUGAACUUUUGUCCUCUGCAAGAGCAGUGAUCACUCUUAACUACCGAGAGCCUUAUCUCCAUUGCCUUGUCUUUUGCUUUUAAGCUAAGGUCUCAUAUAGCCCAGGCUGCCCUCCAAAUCAUUAUAUAGCAGGGGGCUGGUCUUAAACUCCUGGGUCAUCUUGCCUUCACCUCCCCAGUGCUACCCAGCCCAGCUUAAAACAGGGGUGUCCUACUCGUUAUUUUACAAACUCACACUGUGACCAGAAUGCAGGCAGUAAAUUCACAGAAAAAUAAAUUAAAAUACACUGUAGGGCAUGUGAUAUGGCUCAGCAGGUCAAGGUGCUUAUGGCCAAGUCUAACAACCUAAUUUUAUUCUUGGAAUGAACAUGGUGGAAGAGAACCAAGUUCUGGAACUUAUCCUUGGACCUCCGCAGAUAUGAGGUAGUAUAUUUAUGCCCCUCCCCAAUGCAUGCCUAAAUAAAUUUUAAAAGUACACUUUAGGAGGGGCUGGGGAUUUAGCUCAGUGGUAGAGCGCUUACCUAGGAAGCGCAAGGCCCUGGGUUCGGUCCCCAGCUCCGGAAAAAAAAGAACCAAAAAAAAAAAAAAAAAGUACACUUUAGGGAGGGCUGAAGAGAUUGCUCAGCCGUUAGGAGAGCUUGCUUUUUUUUUUUUUUUAAUUUAUGUAUAUGACUGUACUGUAGCUGUCUUCAGACACACCAGAAGAGGGCAUCAGAUCCCACUACAGAUGGUUGUGAGCCAACAUGUGGUUGCUGGGAAUUGAACUCAGGAUCUCUGGAAGAGCAUUUGUUGCUCUUAACCACUGAGCCAUCUCUCCAGCCCAAGCUCGUUAUUCUUACAGAGGAUCUGAAUUAGGUUCCCAGCAUCCACAUCAGGUGGCACACAAAUGCCUUUGACUCCAACUCCAGGACAUCUGAUGCUUUCUUCUGGCAUCUGCAGGCACUUACAAUCUCAUAUGCACAUCCUUACGUGCAUGCACAUAAAUUAAAAAAGAACCGGGGUUGGGGAUUUAGCUCAGUGGUAGAACGCUUACCUAGGACACGCAAGGCCCUGGGUUCGGUCCCCAGCUCCGAAAAAAAGAAAGAAAAAAAAAAGAACCAUUCUCAUAAAUAUACCUUAAAGCUGGAUAUGGUGGUUCGUGCCUUUAAUCCCAGCACUUGGGAGGCAGAAGCCGGAGGAUCUCUUGAGUUUGAGGCCAGUCUGGUCUAGCUAGGACAGGACAAGACAGGACAGGACAGGCUGAGACUGCCAAUGCUGCACCGAAAAUGAAACAAAAGAACCAACAAGCCACUAUAGGUUUGUCAUGCCUUGUGAUUUGAGUAUCUCUGGGAGUCAGUCCACUUACACGGCAGCACCUUGGGGGAAGCAGUUUGCACUCCACUACCUAACCCGUGCCUCCGAGAUGAAAGUCUCUGGGGAGGUUACUCUCAGGGGGCUGCGUAGAAACCAAAAGACAUACAUGCUUCUUGCCCACUAGAGAGUUCUCUCCGCACCAUUGUUGUUGCUCUCAUUGAAAUCCUUUAUGUCUGCCUCAAAAAUGUAAUUGCCCCUGGGACAGACAUUUCCUUCGUGCCUUGAGCUUAGCUCCAGAGCUUGACUUCGGAACCAGGGUUAGCUAUAGAGGCUUCAGUGGUUAGUGGGGUGGUGCGUGCCCUUAGUCCCAGCACUUGAGGUGGAGGCAGGUGACUUCCUGCCUGGUCCCUGUGACUUUGAGACCAGCCUGGUCUAUACAGUGAGUUGUAGGCUAGCCAGGGCUACACCAGGAGACCUUGUUUUAAAACAAGUAAAAUUUAAAGGCUUCUGUAAUAAACCCCUGUGGGGUCAUAACUAUAGAUUUAUGUACUUAUUUAUGUGUUUUUGACACAGGAUCUCACUAUGUAGCCAUACUUGUCCUGGAAUUUAUGAUAUAGACCAGGCUGGCCUCAAAUUCAUAAAGAUCUGCCUGCCUCUGCCUCCCCAGGGUCAGUUUUAUCUUUGAGGCUUUUGAGACUUCCCCCUGUCCUGCAACUCCGUCUUCUUCACCACUAUUUGCUUCAACUUCCGCCUCUGUUCCACAGUCUGUGACCAUCCCUCAGGUAACCUGGUCAGAUUCUGACUGUUUGUCAGGACUCAGGACUCAGGAAGGGGGUUGACAGCCCACUGUUUCAUUUCAUACUAGCUUCUGAGCACCUUUCUCCUAAGCACACGCGCAUGUGUGUUUGUCCUUUCUCUCUGAGUGAGGGGGCCUCUGCUACAGUGUUAACAAGAAGUACAAGCCACUGAGUCCAGCACAGCUGAGGUGGACGGUGACUUAAGUAUCCAUUUCUCUAGCUAAUAUUUCUGGUCAUUACUGAAUUGAGGCUAAAAGCCCUAUAGCCUAAAAGCAGCAAAGACUUCAAGUUUUGUAAGGCCCAAUUCUACUGUUCGUUCUUUCUCUCUUCUCUCCUUUCUGCUCUUCACCCUUCUUUUGUAUAUGCUAGGUAAGGGCUCUACAACUAAGCAACAGUUCCAGGCCUUUAAAAAGUGUGUGUGUGUGUGUGUGUGUGUGUGUGUAUACGCAUGCGUGCAUGUGCACUGUGUAGGUCUACAAGAAGUUGCUGGGUGUCCUGCUCUGUCAUUCUCUACAUCGUUCCCUUCUUAUGGACCUGGAGCUGGUCUGGCAGGUAGCAAGUCCCAGUGAUCCUCCUGCCUUCAAUCCCUUAUAGUGCUAGAGUAACAGGCAUACACCCCUACCUAGCUAUGCUCUUUGCACGGAUGCUGGUUAUUUGAACUCAGGUCCCCGGCAAGCAUUUUCAUCCAUGGAGUUAUCUCCCCAGCCUCAGCCACAGCUCUUCUUUUAUAAAGAAUUGUUUUAAUGUUCCUCUUAAAGAGGUUAAAAUUAAAAAAAACAAAACAAAAACAAAAAACCUAUAACUAUAAAAUUGGGUGGCGAGCCUUGGAAGGGACCUUUGACACGGUUUCACUAGCAUCUCGGUAAAUCUGUUCAAACUGAAGGAAUAAAGCCUGUUUACAUCCCAGCCAACUCUUCAGAUCUGACUGAAUUAGGUGCCUAUUCCUGGCUUUUCCUGUGGAUUUCCUGUACCAACACAUUUACUCCACAAAAUGGCUCUGGCUCAACUAAAUAGCCUUGACAGCCAAGUCUUUCUAGCCAGUGAAAAAAUCCCACUCCUCCUCCUACUUAGUGACCUGGAGGCACUUAGAACAGUGUUGUUUUGCAGAGCAGGUGGUUCCUCCUGCUAUAUAUCGAACCACUUAGAAAGCUCUCGUACAUUCCAGCAGUGGUCUCUGGGAGGACCUGCUUCCACUCACCUUUGUCAAAAGCCGCAUGACUUACAGUCAUCAGCACUCUGUUUAGGUAGGAAACAGCUUAGUCUUGCCUGUUCCAUGCUCUCUGAUACGAUCACACAAGCUGGCACCUUUCCUGGAGGUCCCACCCAAAAGUCCUGUCCAAUUCUCUGGCCUCCUGAGUUGGCCCAGAGGUUGAGUCAGAGUACAAAUACCAAUUCUAUCUCAUGGCUCCAAACACUCAAUUCUGAAUUUUCCCAAACACAUUAGAAACCCUAGGAUUCCUGAGCCAAUGAGAGCAUCUGCGAUUCCAGGGAAAGACCAAGGAGCCCCUUACCUAUUAGGGACACUAACAGCAAGGCUCUACAAGCAAUGUAAUCAUAAUGUCAUGGGAUCUGUGCCCCUACCACACAAGACAGAAGACAGGAAGCCACUUGCACACAUUGUCACUUCUAACUGUCCUGCUGUCUUUAUGACUACUCUCUAGAGUGGGCACUGUGAUCCCCAACUCACUGUCUGAGACUCAGAAAAGCCAGGAAGCAUACCGAUGAGUUGACACAGCUCCAGCAACAGCCCAAAGACUGCUGCAUCAUCACCACUUAGGAGGCAGUGUACUGCGUCAGACGAGCCCAGACCUGGAGGUGUACUCCUGACCCAUAGCCCAAGAGUUAUUGAAUGCCUGCUGGGUACCAUGCAUUCUACUAAGUGAACAGAGCAGACACGGCCGUCAUAGAAGCUACCAUCUGGGCAUGUGUUUGGGAAACAGAAGGUAAAGACUCCACGUGGCAGACAAUCGAAUAUGUAACUACAAACUGGCAAGUGAUACGCAGAGAGUACAGGUGCUAUAAGUAUAGAAGUGGUGUUCUGGUGUAGCCUGGGAGCUUAGGGAGGGUCUCCUGAGGGAAUGACAUUUGAGCUGAGAUUAGUGGAAAUAAGAGCGGAUGCAAAGGUCCUGUGAGAAGGGGAGCCAGUACUCCAAGAGCUGCAGGAGGGCCCAUGCACAGCACAUGAGUCAGGGGUUGCAUGAGAAAGGUAUGAAGGGUCAGCAGAGGACAGCUAUGAGGUCUCUGCAGUCCUUUCCCACAGUGGAAAGGCACACAGGGGGUUGAAGAUUUGUACAAAAAGGUGGCUCCUUUUCUUAGAUUACUGUUGCUUUUUUCCUUCCCUCCCCUUAGGGGUGAUAGUGAUGGUUCGAAUUGCUAAGGACUUUCCUAGUUUCAUGACAUAGUGUGGCUCCCAAAUUAUUGGGUCAGCCUCUGCCAAUGUGGACAGAGGGCAGGGUGGAGGGUGGGUGGAGUGCUUUGCCUGGGGUAUCAGCUCCACAAGUGACGUUUGGAACAGCCCCAAGACUAUAGUCCUUGUUCCCAGAUAACUCUAUCACAUGUGCCCUCCCACCCCCACUAAAAUGCUCCACCUGCCCUGCCUCCCUACAGCAGCUUUGCUCCCCCACCCAAACUGGGGAAGGUGUCUGGAUAAGAAUUCUGACUCUAGGGCUGGGGAUUUAGCUCAGUGGGAGAGCGCUUACCUAGGAAGCGCAAGGCCCUGGGUUCGGUCCCCAGCUCCGAAAAAAAGAACCAAAAAAAAAAAAAAAAAAAAAAAAGAAUUCUGACUCUACCCAGCUACUUGAGUCUUGAUCUGAUGAGUUAGACCAUAGUUUUGAUGGGAAAUGUGUGUGUGUGUGUGUGUGUGUGUGUGUGUGUGUGUAUGAUAUAUAAUAUGUAUCCAUACACACACACACACACACACACACACGUUAUAUGUAUGUAUCCUUAACCAUUUUCCAGAGGUACUAAUGGAAGCCACGGGGAAAGAAGAUCAUGAUGGUCAGACCUGGCCUUUCCGAAGCCCUUCCUUUAGUCCUAGACAUAUCUUUGGAGAAUGUGGCUUGGUGCAGUGACAUCUGCUGGCAAGGCUGGGCCAGUAAUAAAGUGACCAGAUGCCUAUUCGUCUUCAUGUAAUUUCCAGAGUAAUAGAGACGCCAUCAUAGUAGACCUGGUGGUGUAGGCCUGCUAUCCCAGCUACUCACAGGCAGGAGGGCAGGUUCAAGGUCUGCUGAGCUAGAGAGAAAAUUCCAGGGUACCCUCGGAAGUAGCAGGACCUUGUGGCAAAAACUGAAAGGGAAAAAAAAAAAUACUGCUCAGUAGUGGGGUCCUUACCUGACAUCUGUGCCGUCCUAGGCUCCAGCCCUAGUACCAUACAUGCUUCUCAGACUGCACUGCAGCCGGCUGGUUGGUACGAAGCUGACAGACCAGGCUGGAAGGCUUAGCUGUUCUGAACACUUGCUGUUCUCCUAGAGGACCUAGACUCAGUUCCCAGAGUGUAUGUUGAGCGGUUCACAAAAUUGCUGUGACUCGGGGGAGGGAGGAGGGGAUGGGGGUUUAUGGACAGGGAACCAAGAAAGGGGAUAACAUUUGAAAUGUAAAUAAAAAAUAUCCAAUAAAAUAUAUAUAUAUAUAUAUAUAUAUAUCUUGUUAUCAAGAAAAAAAAUUGCUGUGACUCCAGUUCUGAAGUCUAAUGUCUUCUUCUGGCCUCUGCAGGUACCCAUAACAAGUGAUAUAUACACUCAGAGACUUAUAUGACACUCACAUACACCAUUUUUUAAAAAAUACAGAAAAAAAGAAGAAAGUAAAGGAAAAAACCCAACACCUUAAAAUAAGGCUUUAACAAAGCAGAAAGGCCUAAAGGUGCAGGUCUGAGCCGUAAGCUGGUUUGUACUCAGUAACGAGGGUGCUUCUUCUACUGGUGACUGGCAACUCCUGUCAGCCAGUUGAUUCCCCUCGAAGCACAGUUAGUCACAGAGGAACCCAUGGAAUGACUCAGGGGACCUACUUCUAGUCCCCAUUUCUGGAAAAAGCUUAUUUCCAGAAAUAAAAAGAUUGAUAUUUUAAAAAUGGGAGAAGGCAAAGUCUUUUUUCCUUUCUUUUCUUUUUCUUUCUUUUUUUUUUUUUGUUUUUUGAUUAAUUAAUUCUGUAUUUAAUUUACUGAGACAGGGUUUCUCUGUGAGGUCCUGGCUGUCUUGAAACUCUCUGCAUAACCAGGUUAACCUGUAAUCCACAGAGAUCCGCCUGCCUCUGCCUCCCAAGUGCUGGGAUUAAAGGCCUGUGCAACAUCUUUAUACUUUUUUUUAAAUCUCCUUGAGGUUGAUGGGCUGAGCUGUUUCUUCGGGUUUUUUUUUUUUUUUUUCUUUUCUUUUUUUCGGAGCUGGGACCGAACC